AUGACCGAAGUCGAUCGAUCGCAGGAAGUAGCCGACAUCUUCGCCCAGGACACCGACCACAAGGCGCAAUUCGAAGCGUAAGUCCACGGAAAAUAAGAGAGUAAUGUGAAUUGUCUUGAAUUUUAGCCUUGCAAAGUUGUGCGACAAGUACCUGCCAGAAAAUGCGUCUGGAACGGGCAAUACGCAGGAAAUUAUAAAAAUAAUCGAUACAGGUGACUCCAAAGACGGAAAAGAACAGGAUUUUGAGUUGCGCGUUUUUUUCAGUGAUCGCUCUGGAAACUGGAAGUAUGGUGGUUUCCCGGCAAUUCGUUUCAUUGGUUACCGAACGACUCGACAAGGGAAAUUUGGAUUCGGAAUCAGUUAAAACAAUUUCGGAAGGCAUUCUCGGCAUUAUCAAAACGAGAACGAUUUCUUAUGAGGACCAGGUAGAGAAAAAUCAUCAUUAUUCUAUUAAAAUACGACUUUUCAGGUGUGCAUUCUCCGACUGAUGCUGGCGGGUCUUUACGAAAAAGAAGGGCGCAUCAAGGAUGCCGCCCAGGCACUUAUCGCAAUCAAUUCGGACACGAGUCCGAAGUUUAAUGGACCGAAUGCCGCCCGUGAAGGAACGAAGGCUCAGCUGUGCAUCAGAAUCACUAAACUUCUUCUUGAUUGCAAUGAGAUCGAUGAGGCUGAACAGUAUGUAAAUCGGACGAGCAUUCUGAUGGUCGACGUCAUCAAUCCGGAAAUUACCAUCGAGCACAAAGCUCUGCAGGCAAGAGUGAGCGACGCGAAGCGGCGAUUCGUUGAAGCCGGACAGAGAUAUUACGAGCUGAGUGCGACAGACGUGCUCCCACAAUCCGACCGCAUCACUGCCCUUGGAAAGGCGAUCGUCUGCGUACUUCUCGCGAAGCCAGGCCCUCAAAGAAGCCGUCUGCUCACAAUUAUUUUCAAGGAUGAACGCGCUCCGACGUGCCCUUCGUCCGAACUGAUUGCCAAGAUGUAUCUGACAAAGGUCAUUCACAAGGACGAACUGGCCGAGUUCGAAUUGCAGCUUCAGGAUCAUCAGAAGUUCGACGAGCACGGAGAAUCAAUUCUAAAGGGAGUCAUUCAAGAACACAAUAUCACUGCAAUUAGCCAGUUGUACAUUAACAUCAAUUUCUCAACACUCGGAAUGCUUCUUGGAGUGACAUCCGACGCGGCAAGUGUUUUCGAUUAGUCAUGAUCGACUGACCCUCAAUUUUCAGGCAGAAUCGAUGGCCGGUGAUAUGAUCUCUUCAGAGAGAUUGCAUGGAUACAUCGACCAGACGGACGGAGUGCUCCACUUUGAGGACAUCAACCCAAUGCGAAUGUGGGACAACCAAAUCCUGUCGACUCUCGAGCAAGUGAACAAAGUCAGCGAUAUGAUUGUCGCCCGUCAUCCGGAAUUCGCCAAACAUCUCUCGUAG